UUUUUCAAUUCCAUAAAGCUUCAGUAGCACAAUGAAGAAUUUUUAGCUUUCUUUAAUAUCUCUGAUAGUUGGGUUGUUCAUAUCAAUUCCAUUACAAGACUCAGAGAGAGAGAGAGAGAGAGAGGGGGGGGGUUUCAGUUUGUGGCCAUCCAGAAAUGGAGCUGAAGAAAGAGAAGCUUGUGAGGUUUUAUUCUGAAGGAAAACAGGGAAAGGGUUUUACAUUAUGGCGAGGAAAAGAUGGCUCUUCUUCUCUAGAGGAAUCAUCUUCAGCGUACCAGCUUCCAUCCAUGUUGAAUUCUGAUAGGAAAUGUAAAAUCACCGAUACCCUUAAGUUUGGGCGAUCCAAGGUCUUCCCUGAGGACCAUGAGCAGCGCCACAUGCGAAUACUUGAUCCUGGUAGUGAAAUUGUGCUGAAAUGGAACAAGGUUUUCAUUGUUUCUUGCUUGGUGGCACUCUUUGUCGACCCAUUGUAUUUUUACUUGCCUAGUAUAGGAGGGGUUAAUGAUUCUUGGUGCGUGAAAUCAGAUGUGAGUUUGCGGAUUGUCGUGACAUUUCUCCGUACAAUUGCCGAUCUUUUCUAUCUGUUGCAUGUGGUGAUUAAGUUCAGGACGGCUUAUGUGGCUCCCAGUUCACGGGUGUUUGGAAGGGGUGAGCUUGUCAGGGAUCCUAAGAAGAUUGCCCGGAGAUAUAUAAGAUCUGACUUCUUCAUUGAUCUUAUUGCCAUACUGCCUCUGCCUCAGAUUGUCAUUUGGUUCAUUAUACCAGCAACGAGAAGCCGACGAGCUAAUCAUAAUAACAAUGCUCUUGCGUUGAUUGUCCUACUACAAUAUGUUCCUAGGUUAUAUCUCAUUUUCCCGUUAAGUUCAGAAAUUAUUAAAGCGACUGGAGUUGUCACCAAAACUGCUUGGGCUGGAGCUGCUUAUAAUUUGCUGCUCUACAUGCUGGCUAGUCAUGUCUUAGGAGCAGCAUGGUACGUGCUAUCAGUCGAUCGAUACUUGUCUUGCUGGAAAUCAAUAUGCAAGAAAGAAAUCAGCCCCAGCAGAUGCUUUCUUGAAUAUUUGGAUUGCGACACUUCCAAUCAUGCAGAACGAAAUAUUUGGGUUAACACAACGAAUGUGUUCAGAAGUUGUGAUCCCGACAACAAUAUUACUUUCAACUUCGGAAUAUUUGAGAAUGCAGUUUCAAAGAAUGUCGUCUCUUCUAAUUUUCUUCAGAAGUACUUCUACUGCUUGUGGUGGGGUUUACAGAACCUAAGGCUAAUUGACGAGUCAACUGAAUUCUUGAACCGUAUAAACGAGAACCUUGGAAUGUGCCGGAAGAUGCAGAUGUUAACUGUGAAAAAGAGAAACCUUAUGAAAAUGCUUAAGAAAUAUCCAACAAUUCCAACCGUAACUGCUAAUAGUGUGCUUAAGCUAGAACCAGCAAUGGAAUGUUCAUAUGGACAAAAUCUCUCAACAAGUACAUUUAUUGGGGAAACAUCAUUUGCCAUACUCAUUGCUAUCUUGGGUCUUGUUUUGUUCGCACAUCUUAUUGGAAAUAUGCAGACAUACCUGCAGUCUUUAACAAUAAGGCUCGAAGAAUGGAGACUAAGGCGAAGAGACACUGAGGAGUGGAUGCAGCAUCGCCAACUUCCUGAAGAUUUGAGGAAACGUGUUCGGCGGUUUGUUCAAUAUAAGUGGCUUGCAACUCGAGGAGUAAAUGAGGAAACUAUUCUACGUGGCUUACCCGCUGAUCUCCGUCAUGAUAUACAACGUCAUCUGUGUCUGGACCUUGUUCGACGUGUUCCAUUUUUCUCACAAAUGGACGAUCAGUUGCUUGAUGCAAUAUGCGAGCGACUAGUCUCCUCUUUGAGCACCGAGGGCACGUACAUUGUACGUGAGGGUGAUCCUGUGACAGAGAUGCUCUUCAUCAUCCGAGGUCGACUCGAGAGUUCUACCACAAAUGGGGGGCGGACGGGUUUCUUCAAUUCCAUUACCCUGAGACCAGGAGAUUUUUGUGGGGAGGAACUACUUGCAUGGGCUUUGCUCCCAAAAUCAACCGUCAACUUGCCUUCUUCAACUAGAACAGUGAUAGCACUCGUAGAAGUUGAAGCUUUUGCACUGCGAGCUGAAGAUCUCAAGUUUGUAGCUAACCAAUUCAGACGACUCCACAGCAAGAAGUUGCAGCAUACAUUCCGAUUUUACUCACAUCACUGGAGAACAUGGGCAGCCUGUUUCAUACAGGCUGCUUGGAGGCGGUACAAGAGGAGGAAGAUGGCAAAAGAUCUUGUAACCAUGGAAUCUUUUACAUUGGACGAGAUGACAGCAGCGGACUCCAAAGAGGCAGAACAGAAUUCGGGCACUGACAGUUCAAACUCCGGUCGGAUAUCAAAACUUGGGGUGACAAUUUUGGCUUCAAAAUUUGCUGCAAAUGCAAGGAGAAGUGCUCCGAAGAAUAGAGACUUAGGGUCACCAAAAUUACAGAAGCCCGAAGAACCAGACUUUUCAGACGAGACAUGAUUAGCAACAUCAGGUCAUUUGUACAACUCAUUUAACACAUCUCCGCAGGAUAGAAGCAUUCUAAUCGAAGUCUGACAAUGAAAACACUCACGCGAAGUACAUGCUAAUGCUCGAAUGUGAUAUAUUCUCAGUAUUGUGCCUUUGAAACUAUAGCAGUAGGGUGACUGAGGAACAUCAUUUAGUGGAGGGGUAGUUGCCAGGUGGCCUUUCUGUUUUACGUAAUUUUGUAUCUUUGUCCGUAGAAUCUGCACCAGGCUACGAAAGUAAAGGUUUGCAAUCAACUAUAUGUAAACAUUGUAACUACUAAAUCAAACUGCUUCUCUUUUUA